AUGGAAUCUCUACAAGACCAACUCGAUAACACCAGCCUUCGCCCCACCGGCAUACUUGACCUUCCCCCCGAGCUGAUGAGCAUAAUCGCAUCUGACCUAGAAGUGUGUGAUCUCAGAUCCCUCCGCCUGGCCAGCAUGUAUCUCAACAACAGCACCUUCUAUAUAUUUUCUCGCCGCGCGUUCAAAGAAUUGCGCAUAGACUUCUCUGCCGCCUCGUGGCAUAAGAUCAGCAAUGUUAUCAACCGGCCCGACCUAAUCCCCCUCGUGGAGUCCCUGGUAGUGCAAGAAUCACCCCGCGGGUCCCGGCCGAGGACCAGCCCGGUGGCUCUAAAUGAGGUGGUUUUCGGCGCCGGGUUUGAAUGGGCGCGCGACUCUUCUGGAACUCUGAAUCACGCGCAGGACCUGGUGCAGAUUUGGCAGAGUGCGCUCGCGCGCCUGGUCGAAGCCAACUGCAAGUCCUUUAGCAUCAAUCGCCGCGAACAAUCAAGGACUGUCGGCGACGAGGACGAGGAAGGCCGAUAUCUCCAUCUGACUGACCUGCACUCGCUCCUGAUGGUGGCAUUCGCCAGCGCGCGUUGCAGCGCAGGCACAGGGAUGGAGAGAUACGAGAUCUGCUGGGGCAGGUAUUGCACAGCCGCCGAAUGGUGGAGUGAAGGCGGGUGGCUUGACGAUGGCAAGCUCGACAUGAGCCACAUGGCGUCUUCCCAAUUCAAGGACGCCUGGUCCGGCAUCCGCGAACUGCGACUGAAUAUCGAAUUGGGAUACUUUAGUGAUGGAGCGCGGAAGUACUUGAUCUCACUGCUGAAGCUGGCGCCGAAUCUGGAGACGUUGUACUUCGACUUCGUGCACGGGGAAUGCGCAACGUUAUUCAUCAAGCGCCUGGGCUGGGCCACGGUCAAAGGCGAGGUCCAGUUUCGGCUCAAGUCGCUGCAUUUUUCUAACGCCAGGAUGGGGCACUCUGAUAUCCAUAUUGGACCUGCAUUUCUGACCUUGUUGCGGAGGCAUCGGGAAACCCUGCAGCACUUGACCCUUAAACACAUACGCCUGGGGCCAGAGGGGCUACCUAGCUUGAUCAACUUUUUCAGGGACGAGAAACUCAGAGUAGUGAAGUACUUCCAUUUUGAUUCUCUGGGAGAUUUCAGGGGGAGUGAUGGCAGGAAACGGGGACUCAGGUUUCCAGUCCUGGACGAGGGCGUCAGGACCUAUAGGCGUCCGAUUCCCCCGAGUGCUGGUGUGGGCUGGUAUAGCUACAGGGAGCACUAUGAUUACCGUAUAGGUACCUGUGAACUUGAGCUCUCUGGUUCCAGAGCGGGCAGGUUACUUCGUGGUCUCCAUCGUCACGCCUCGUACGAUAACUGGAGCGACGGGUUUUAG